AUGGCCGGCACUACUGCUGUCAAGCCCAUCACGGGCAUGCUGCGACGCAACCUGGUCCUCGACCUUGGCAUCGCUCUUGGUCUCGGCUUUGCUAUGGCCAAUGUCUACUGGUACGGCUUCCACAUGCCUCGCACGAACGCUCGCGAUGCCUAUUACGCCAAGUUGGAGCAGCAGAAGGCCGAGGCUCGUGGCCAGAAGCAGUAA